AUAAACCCCUCUCAGUGUCCUCAUCCCGACCAUCCCCUUCGUUCCCGCCCCCAGUCGUUCGUUCCUCUUCCGCCCUUUUCCAGCAUUGUCGGAGCCAGUCCACGGAGCGCUAUGAAGAAGCGGCUCGUGGCGAUCGGGUUCGAGGGUUCGGCGAACAAGAUCGGGGUGGGCGUGGUAACCCUAGACGGGUCGAUCCUCUCGAACCCUCGCCACACCUACAUCACCCCUCCCGGCCACGGCUUCCUCCCCCGCGAGACCGCCCACCACCACCUCCGUCACCUCCUCCCCCUCGUCCGCUCUGCCCUCGCCGACGCCUCCCUCUCCCCCUCCGACGUCGACUGCCUCUGCUACACCAAGGGCCCCGGCAUGGGCGCCCCCCUCCAGGUCUCCGCCGUCGCCGUCCGCGUCCUCUCCCUGCUCUGGAACAAGCCCAUCGUCGCCGUCAACCACUGCGUCGCCCACAUCGAGAUGGGCCGCAUCGUCACCGGCGCCGAGGACCCCGUCGUCCUCUACGUCAGCGGGGGGAACACCCAGGUCAUCGCCUAUAGCGAGGGGAGGUAUCGGAUCUUCGGAGAGACCAUCGACAUCGCCGUCGGCAAUUGCCUUGAUCGCUUUGCCAGGGUCCUCACUCUCUCCAAUGAUCCCAGCCCGGGUUAUAACAUCGAGCAGCUUGCAAAGAAUGGGGAGAAGUUUAUUGACCUCCCUUAUGUCGUCAAAGGCAUGGAUGUUUCGUUUAGCGGAAUACUGAGCUAUAUAGAAGCCACUGCUGUCGAGAAGCUCAAAAACAAUGAAUGCACGCCAGCAGACCUCUGUUACUCCUUACAGGAAACUGUGUUUGCUAUGCUUGUUGAAAUAACUGAACGUGCCAUGGCACACUGCGAUAAGAAGGACAUCCUCAUCGUCGGCGGUGUUGGGUGCAACGAGCGAUUGCAGGAGAUGAUGAGGACGAUGUGCUCAGAAAGGGGAGGUCGGCUUUUUGCAACAGAUGAUAGAUACUGUAUCGACAAUGGGGCCAUGAUAGCAUACACUGGUCUCCUUGCUUUCGCUCACGGCCACACCACCCCACUAGAGGAAUCAACAUUUACACAGAGAUUCCGAACUGAUGAAGUUCAUGCGAUCUGGAGGGAGAAAGAAGCGUGGUCAUCGGAUAAAGUUCAGAAGGAUGCAACUGGUGAAGUAUCGGGUACUGGAGGGCAAACAUUGAUUCCUGUGGAAGUAGAAUCUUGAGGUAUGUUUAAUCAGCGUUGUCGUGCUAGAUAAUAAGAUACUACUACAGCUAAAUCACAAAUACCACCCUUGCAUUUCUCCCAUAUUCAAUUCUCCCCUUGCAUUCGAUCACAUGAGGAGCAAAAUGCAAUGUUUGCAUUUGGCAAGGGUGGUUUUUGCUACUUGAAGCCUAAAAUUAACAACGGAUUACCAGAAACAUCAAUAUCAUGGAGCCGCGGUUAAAUGUUUCCUUAAUAUAUGAUACCAUAGUUCCCUUUUAGCUAUCAUUUAUCUCCCAAGUUCUUCUCAUCUCCUUUAGUUUCUGUUCUUGAGCAUUAACUAAAUUUAUAGGCAUAGCUAAGUUUGGUUUCAUAUAAUGCUUGUUUGUGAAGGAAUGUAUAUGCACCAGCGCUUCCACUGUGCAUUAAAGAGAACUUUGUGGUACUUGAUGGGUUUUAUUUGUACCGCCACGGAGAAUGCUCAAAUUUAUUGCAAUCGACUGUACUUAUCCUAUUUAACAAAUUUAUAUAUAAUGAACUGUUCCUAAUUUAUGAUCUGUCACAUUUGAUAUCUUCAUAAUCUCUUGGGGUUUUCUUUGUCA